AUGGAGCUCGACCACAAGGCGAUCGUUUGGGCUUCCAACUGCAGCAACGACCAGUGGAAGGCCUUCCGAGCAAUGUUCAGGAACCAGAUCUUCUCGGCGAAGGCCAUCCACUCUCAGGCCGCCUCCAGGGAGAGGAAAGCUGCCGAGAUGGUGAGAUUUCUCGAGGGGAAGUUGGGGGAGUCGGUUAGUAUCGGCCAAGUUGUUUUUGCUGCUAUAUUUGACUCGCUGUCGAAUCUCAUGUUGUCGCGAGAUUGCAUAGGGUUCGAGAGUAGCGAGACAGCCAAUCGAUUGAAGUCACUGAUUUGGAGGAUGAUGGAAUUGGGGACUUCUCCUAAUCUCGCCGAAUUCUUUCCAAUUCUGAAGAAAUGGGAUCCCCAGGGGCUGAGACGUGAGACGUUUCGUUGUUGCAAUGAGCUCUACUCCGUUUGGCAGCCCUACGUCAAAGAGAGGAGAGAGCGUUGGCGGGGAGAGCGAUAUGGUGCUCAGGACUUCUUGGAUAUUUUCCUGGAAAAUGGACUCGAUGAUAACCAGAUUGACUGGUUGAGUCUCGAACUGUUCAUGGCCGGUACAGACACUAACACGACUGCAAUAGAAUGGGCGAUGACAGAGUUGAUUCGAAACAAGGGAGCAAUGAACAAGCUGCGGGAGGAGCUCAACGCAGAAUUGUCGUCGCCGCUCGAAAGAAAACCGCCGAUCGAUGAAUCUGUAGUGUCUCGACUUCCAUACUUGAAUGCAAUCGUGAAGGAGACACUGAGGCUACACCCGCCAGGGCCGCUCAUGCUGCCGCACCGCGCAUCGGAGACUUGCGAGGUGAUGAAUUACACGGUCCCUGAAGGAGCUAAGAUUCUGGUCAACGUGUGGGCGAUUUCAAGGGAUCCGACAGUGUGGGAGGAUGAUCCGACGUUGUUCAAGCCGGAGAGGUUCAUUGGGUCCAAGGUGGAUUUUAGAGGGCAUGAUUUCGAGCUGUUGCCAUUCGGUGCUGGGAGGAGGAUGUGUCCUGGAAUGCCGUUGGCUACCAGACAGAUUUCGUUGAUUUUGGCUUCUUUCGUUCGGAACUUCGAUUGGUGCCUCCCCGGUGGAAAAGAUCCAGCGGAGCUGAAUAUGAGUGAGAAGUUUGGGUUCACGUUGCAAAAGGAACAACCUCUGCUUCUUGUUCCCAACCGGUGUUCAUUAUGA